AUUAUCGUCUCUUCCUCACCGUUAACCUGAAGGAUGUUGGCGAACUCGAGCCCAGUGGCCAAACUGUACUUGUCCAUCAUCGAUGAUGUGAUUGAGAACAUGAAGGAGCUCUUCCAGGAUGAAGGGCUUGAAGACCGAGUCCUGGACGGCCUGAGACAGCUCUGGGAGUCAAAGUUGAUGCAGUCGAAGGCGAUGGAGGACUUCAGGAACAACAAUACGAACUCCUCCAACUUUACGCUCCAGCUUCCUCCCAACUACAAACGAAUAGAUCAGGAAGCUACAGCCUCAGUUGUGAUCCCCACAAGUCAGAACAACAACAGCAGCUUAUCAUCCAAGAACAGUGCAGAUGCACUUGCUACGUUUUCCCUCCCUGCUUCGCUGGCGUACCCUGUGCAGAUACCAGCUGGAGUUACACUUCAAACAGCUUCAGGUCAGCUGUACAAAGUCAAUGUUCCUGUUGUGGUGACCCAAGCUCCAGGAGGGCAGCAGCCUGCACCCCAUCCCACCUGCAGAGCUGCUGAGCAGAGAGCGUCUGCCUCUCAGCCUGCAGCUGCUCCACCAGAGUCCUCUCUUCCUGCUUCCUGUCUACCUCUGAGGCAGGAAAGCAGCUUUUUCCAGUGCCCUUACGGGCCUGAGGCUCCACUGGGAGACAACGAGCCGACGCCACAACCCGAGCACGUGAACAUCGAUGCGACUGCUUCACCCGUCACCCAACUGUUAAACUUCCAGAUCAGUGCGGUGGAGGCUCUGACUCAGACGGCACAGAGCAAAGACAUCGAUGAAAUCCUGAAAGAAGUGAUUGAGGAGGAGAGGGUGAAAGCUGGCAGGGCGAGGACUUUAUCUGCUGGGAACACUCACCAUCAGGCUGGAGCUGAGCUGGACUUGGGCUACAGCUACAGCGAGCUGUCUGAUAUCGUUCAACUGGAUGGUCCUGCAGACGAUUCUGACCCCGAGGAGGAAGUUCCUCUGGAAGAGAAUGACUUCCUGGGUUUAAUCAACGCAGAAGCCAUAAAAACCCUGCAGGAAGAGAAUGGAAGCAGUGACGGGCUCAGCCUCUCCUCCAGCAGCGACGAGGGACCAGAUGAUCUCGCUGAUGUACAAGAAGAGGAUCCUCUUAAUUCUGGGGACGACGUGGUUGAGCAGGACACCCCAGAUCUCUUUGACACUGAGAAUGUCAUCGUUUGUCAAUAUGACAAAAUUCAUCGCAGCAAGAAUCGGUGGAAGUUUCACCUGAAGGACGGGGUGAUGUGCUACAGCGGCAGGGACUACGUCUUCUCUAAAGCUGUAGGAGAAGCGGAGUGGUAACAAGAAAAUAACAGUUUUGAACGGUUCAGAACAAAAAAGAGGAGAAACGUAGAAAAUCCAGACCUUUUUUUAUGGGCAGAGAUGAGAAAUGUCAUGCAAAGUCGUUAUAUUUUUCAUUAAUUAUCAAGGCAAGACAGAAUAAUUUAUGCAAAAUGCUACUUAAUUUGCUCCCGUCUGCUGACAAAUAAUAAUUUGUAAGUGCCUUGUUUCCUUUCGCUACAAAUUAUUUGUAAGUCCUUAGUUUUGAACAGAGUUAAAAUGGCUACUAAUUGGGAGGGACAAACUGUAAUUUCCUAAAAAUUAAUAAAAAAAUAGACAUUUUGAAUGGAUGGGAAUAUAAAGACUUACUGGGAAGGGAUGUCUGGAUAUUAGUGGGGGAGUGGGAAGAAACCAUACAAGUGCAAACUGGAAAAAUAAUGCAAUUAUAAGUAUUAUUGUUAGAAGCUGCUAACUAUGAUCG